AUGCGGGCAGCACCAGCGUACCACCAGCAGAUGACGGAGGACAGCGCGCAUGGAAUCGUGCAGCAGAUACCUAUGCCCGAUGAGAGACCUGCGUACGACGAAGCGGACCCUCCGCUCUUCAAGCGCCUCAAGGAGCGCAUGGUUCUCAGCGAACUGGUCAGGAUUUCCAUCGCCCGCACCGAGGACCUUGCGCUCGUGGACAGGCUCUCGGAGCAGCCGCAGGACAGCAGCGCCCCCCCGCAGCCCUCCGCCGGCCCCGCUCUGGCCCCCGCAGCACGGAAGCGCGCUCUCACGGAAUGCAAGUACCGCGAGGAGCACCGCGUCGCCCGCGAAGCGCGGCUGCUCGAGGAGAUCGCCAUCAUGGAGCUCGACUCCUUCGCAGACAAGGAGACCAAGGCCCUCGCGGAGGACCUCAUGUCCGAAAUCGACAACAUGGCGCCCGUCCGCCGCGGGUACUCGCUCGCGCGAUCACCCGGGCGCCGCUCCCCCGUCAACGCGGGCGGGGCCGAAGCGGCGCGCGUCUCGACCGUGGCGUCCCUCGGCAGCUCGCCGUCCAAGCGGGCCAGCGCCGUCGCCUCGCCGCAGCGGCAGCCCGCGCGCCCCGUCAGCGCGCGCCCGACCCCGGCGCCGUCCGCCGCGCCGACACAGGCCACGCUGGUCGGCAAGCCGCGGUCGUCUCGCGGGCCGCGGGUGCUCGGCGGGCCCGCGGCGGCCCCGAGCAGGGGCGCGACGCCCAGCAGCCCGUACCUCGCGAAGCCCGCGCCGCGCGCGGCGCCGCAGAACCCCCCCCGGGGGAUGUCCGCGAAAAGGGCCCCUGCGCGCGAGGACCGCCCGCGCCCGGCGUCCGCGGUCUCGAAGUUCUCGAGGCAGAGCACGGUCGCGUCGUCCGCGGGCCGCGAGCGGCGGUCCUCGCUCUCGCGCGGCGGCCGCGAGCGGCGCACCUCGAUCACGCAAGCGGGGCCGCGCGGGCCGACGAUACCGCACGCGCUGAUCCCGGCGAAGCCCGCGCCGGGCGCCCGCGCGACCGCCGCGUCCACGGCGGCGCCGGGGACCGUCCUCGAGAGCAUCCUGCACGUCGGCGCGCGGCUGCGCCAGAACCUGUCGACGCUGCGGGACGACGACGGAACGGACCUGGCGCGCGAGGCGGUGUCCUCGCACGUCGGGAACGCGCAGGAUCUCUUCCGCGAGGCGCUGGCGGGCGCGUUUGCGCGCGUCGACGGCGGCGGCGGCGACGCGGAGCCCCCGCAGAGCCCGGACAGGCGGCGGGUGCGACAGAUGGCGCAGUGGCACCUCGGGGCGACGCGGGGCGACGAGUUCCGCGCGGAGGAGCUGCGCAUCGGGCACUUCGCGCGCGUGAUUCAGCGCCACGCGCGCGUGUGGCUCCGCGGCCAGCGGCGGAAGCGCGCGGAGGAGGCGCUGUUGCAGCGGCACCGGGAAAACGCGGCCCGGUGCAUACAGCGCGCGUGGCGGGCGCACCAGUCGCGCCAGAUACGGCACGCGCUGCGGAUCCAGCACCUGGCGAAGUCGAUCGCCGCGCGGCGGAUCCAGAAGGCCGUGCGGCGCAUGCUGCGCCGCCUGCACAUGGGCCGCCUCGCUGCCGAGCCCACGCGCGCGGAGCGCAUCGAGGUCGAGAACCACUGGCUCUGGAUGAAGGAGGUCGCCGUGUUCGCCGCGCGCUGGAACCAGCUCGAGCCCGUGCGCAGCCGCGCCGCGCUGCGCGUGCAGUCCUUCUGGCGUGGCGAGACCGCGCGCCGCGUGGCGUCGAGGCGCGCGCACGCCGUACACGUCAUACAGCGCUGGGCGCGCGGAUGGCUCGUGCGGCGCUGGGGCCCGCUCCCCGUCCCGAUGCCCGCCGUGCACAAGGCCCUGCAGAGGCGACAUGCAGGCUUCGGCGCCGCCGCGCCCGGUCCGAGCCUGGGCCGGCGGUCGUCGAUCCCGAUCCGGAAGUCGCUCGCCAUGGGGCUCGCGAGCGCGGGGCCGUCGAUCGCGAACCUGCGGCCGGUGCUUCCGGGCGACGCCACCACGGAGGACACCUUGAGUGGCACACGGGCUAGCAUGAGGGUGAGCGAGUCGGAGCAGGGGACCGUCGGUCCGCAGGCGGGGCCUGGGCAGCGCACGGCCGCGCCGCAGGGGGUGCUCCGCGCGCGGCGGCGGCGCGCGUCGUACGCGGCGGGCAUGGAGCGGGCGCGCCACCUGCGCCUGGGGCGGCUACUGCCGGACCCCGUGGCGGAGUACAAGGACGCGUUCCGGCUGCGGCGGCGCAAGGAGAUCACGCGGCGGUACGAGGCGACGCGCGCGGAGCUCGCGCGGUCGUGGGCGACCCAGGUGGAGCUGUCGGAGGGUUACCUGGCGCACGAGAAGGAGGUGGAGCGGGCGCGGGCGUACGCGGACCGGCAGGCGACGCUGCUGCAGCGGCAGUGGGCGGAGUACUACGAGGUCGUGGCGCGCGAGGCGCUGGAGGGUCCGCUCCCGCGCGGGUGGAUUCCGCAGGUGGACCCGAAGACGGGGGGGUGUUGUAUGUCAACGUCCGGGAGGGGGAGAUGCGGCCGUCGCACCCGAACCUGA